UUCUGAAAACUCGGAAGUUGGAUCACUGAACCGAAAGCUAAAUAAAAUGCAGACUGUGGUUUGUCUUGUUCGCCGAAAUACAAAAACAUUCAGUGACGGAGAAUUCAUGCGAUUGCAGUCAUUUUUCUCAAGAAACGCCAGAAAAAGGGAAGAGCUGGAAUUCUCUUCACCUCAGAACAAAUCAAGACAGACUAUUAUAUUUAUUCUAGUGUCUGACAGAGGCCAGAAAGGCGUUCGACUAGUGCCCACCACAAGAUCUAGCGGCUCGUUUGAAGACGUUAUCCCGACUAAUUCCCUGCCAGACAACCAGGCACUAUCGAGCUAAGAUGACGGAGAAGGUGACUGCAAGCACAGCCAACUACCUGUGGUCUCUGGGAGAUUUGCUUGGUCAGGGGGCUACAGCCAGCGUUUUCAAGGCUCGCAACAAGAAGACAGGGGAGCAGGUGGCGGUGAAGGUUUUUAAUCGUUUGAGCUACAGUCGCCCGUAUGAAGUUCAAAUGAGGGAGUUUGAUAUGCUCAGGAGACUCAACCACAACAACAUCGUCAAGCUCUUCACUGUGGAGGAGCUGAGCAGUAAACAGAAGGUGUUGGUGAUGGAGUACUGUUCAGGAGGCAGUCUGCUCAGUCUUCUGGAGGAGCCAGAGAAUGCCUUCGGUCUGCAAGAGACAGAGUUCCUAAUUGUACUACAGUGCGUGGUUCACGGGAUUAACCAUCUGCGUGAGAAUGGGGUAGUCCACCGGGACAUCAAACCAGGGAACAUCAUGCGCCAGCUGGGAGACGACGGGAGGUCUGUCUAUAAGCUAACAGACUUCGGUGCGGCCAGAGAGCUAGAGGAUGACGAGAAGUUUGUCUCAAUCUAUGGAACAGAGGAAUACCUGCACCCGGACAUGUACGAGAGGGCAGUGCUGCAUAAGCCCCAGCAGAAGACAUAUGGUGUGAGUGUGGACCUGUGGAGUAUCGGAGUGACCUUUUACCAUGCUGUUGCCGGUACCUUACCUUUCAUCCCCUUCGGAGGACCCCGCAGAAACAAACCAACCAUGUUUAAAAUCACCACAGAGAAACCUGCAGGAGCCAUUGCUGGAGUCCAGAAGGUCGACCACGGGCCUAUUGAGUGGAGCUACACACUGCCACAAAGCUGUCAGCUCUCCAAGAGUCUGAAGGAUCUAUUGGUGCCAGUGUUAGCGGGUGUACUGGAGGCUGACCAGGAGAGGUGCUGGGGAUUUGACCACUUCUUCUCUGCCACCACAGACAUACUGCAGAGAGUGUCUGUCCAUCUCUUCUCCCUGCAACAAGCCUCCGCUCACCGCCUGUAUAUACACCACUACAGCACGGCGGCCAUCUUUUGUGAAGAAGUUGCGUCCCAGACAGGGGUAGGGCUGGAGCAGCAGCACUUCCUUUUCCUGGGUCAUGACCUUUCCUUGGAGGGCUCUAUGAAGGUCGUUAGCUUCCCCCCAACCUCGCCCUCCCAACCCCUUAUACUUGUCAGCCGCGGCUCGGAGACACAUGCUGCACUCCACUACAAAGAACCGGAGACGCCCAUUAUCCCAUCCCGGUUUGAUGUAGUGGCUGACUACUCUUUCUCCAAGGUAAUAGUAGGAGUGGUCCAUCAGUACCUGAGGAUAGUGUGUUCAUUACACACACACAGAGAGGUGCUACUCUGCGGAUACUACAGCUACAUGGAAAAGAUGAGUCAGGAGUGCGUUGACGCCCUGUUCAGUGUCAGCCUGGUCAACAUCAGACUGCAGUCCUGCCUCGCUUCAGAACACAGACUGCGCACUCUAGGCCCAUUACCCAUGGACGGACCUGACUCCCGGGACAACAGCAAGAAGCUACGCCUGAUCAGGGAGAACCUUCCGGUGUACGCCGGGGGGAUCCGGGACUUCCAGACCCAACUGGAACACUUCCGUGUGGAACUGGCCAAGCACUCAGAGAGUCUAGCUGAAGACAGAAGCAUCCAGAAGAUGGAGGUCCUCCUGGAUAAGAUUAAGGCCAUCCACCAGCAGUACCGCAAAGAUCGACUGACCGGAAAGCUGCUCUACAAUGAUGAGCAAAUACACAAAUUUGAGAAGAUAAACCUGUCGUCCCAUAUUAAGCGUGUGAAGGGGCUUCUUAGAGAGGACUGUCUACAGAGGUACAGAGACCUACUAGUAUCAGCAUCGACCUGGAGCAGUGCUCUUCAUGAGAUGCAGUGCAGGCUGUCAGACUUCAGCCAUUUCUCCCGAGGGCUGAUGGGAGACCUGGAGAUGUGUGUGGAGCAGCAGAACAAGGCUCUGGACAGAGUCCUGCUCAGAAUCCCAACUGGACUGGCAGGACUGGGGGGUCUGGAGGCCACGGAGCCACCCAAGGAGAAGGAGCACAUGGUCCUCAGGCUGCACACUCUGAAGGAGGAGAUGGAGAUAGUAGUGAGAGAGUUGCAAUGCAACAACAACAUCAUUGAGAGUUUGUCUGGCGAUAACUCUGCAAUCACGCUGGAGGCUGAUCUACCCAGACCCACUGGCCUGUGACCAGACAGCCACACACUGAUUCACAGAGAAGGGGAGGAGCCAGGAAUGAAAGAAACGGGUCAUUAGCGUUAACCUUAGCGUUAGCUGUAGUAUCAACACCACACCGCCAUUGUAAGAUGCUAUGGCUACACAGUUGGAUAACCUCGUCUAAUCUCCAUGGUCAAAAGGCUAACUGAUGAAAUGCUAGUUGCAAACGAAUGUAGUAAAGAUCAGCAACGGCCGGGAUUCUGCUGGUGGGAUGUUUGUAAUUCAGUGCUCCUGUUUGAAUGGGAUGAGAAGCCCACUCCGGGCCAAUUCUUACAUGUUGUUAGUACAGUUUGUGUUCCGUGAAUAAAGUAAUCUAUGAACCUG